AUGGUGUCCUGGAUCAUCUCUCGCCUGGUCGUGCUCAUCUUUGGCACCCUGUACCCCGCUUAUUCUUCCUACAAGGCCGUGAAGACAAAAAACGUGAAGGAAUAUGUGAAAUGGAUGAUGUACUGGAUCGUGUUUGCCUUCUUCACCACAGCCGAGACUCUCACGGAUAUAGUGCUCUCCUGGUUCCCAUUCUACUUUGAGCUCAAGAUUGCCUUUGUGAUAUGGCUGCUGUCCCCUUACACCAAGGGCUCCAGUGUGCUCUACCGCAAGUUUGUGCACCCAACACUGUCCAACAAGGAGAAGGAGAUCGAUGAGUACAUCACGCAGGCCCGAGACAAGAGCUAUGAGACCAUGAUGAGGGUGGGCAAGCGGGGCCUGAACCUGGCCGCCAAUGCCGCAGUCACAGCUGCUGCCAAGGGCCAGGGGGUGCUGUCAGAGAAGCUCCGAAGCUUUAGUAUGCAGGACCUGACUCUGAUCCGGGACGAGGAUGCGCUGCCCCUGCAGGGGCCUGAUGGCCGCCUCCGAUCCAGCCCUGGCAGCCUCCUGGACACCAUUGAGGACUUAGGAGAUGACCCAGCCCUGAGUUUAAGGUCUAGCACAAACCAGGCAGAUCCCCGGACAGAAACCUCUGAGGAGGACAUGGGAGACAAAGCCCCCAAGAGGGUCAAAUCCAUCAAGAAAGUGCCCAGAGCUGAGCCGCUGGCUUCCAAGACUCUGAAGGCUCGGCCCAAGAAGAAGACCUCAGGCGGGGGCGACUCAGCGUGA